AUGGCAGGGGUGAGGAAGAAGUGUGUUAUCCAUGAGCCGGUGUUACAACGUGCCCCGCGUGUCGCGACAAGGCCAAGACAAGCCUGGCUCCUCGGGUUGAGAAGGUGUGGCGGUGCUGGCGUCAACUUUACCCAAGCUUGCAGCGGGGAGGACGCCAUCGGUCACAUCUCGACCUCAGCUAUCAGCAGUCCAAGCCGUGGCGGCGCUGGCGCAGAGACCAAGUCAGACGUGGCGCCAUGGCCCCCGACAUGGCAUAUGCUUCUCGAGAUUGGCAGGAUGCUGUCCAGUGACCUCGGGACUCCUGGUUCUCGCAAUUUCAACACGAAGGCCCCGAAUCCCAAAACGUGCAAGAUGAGACCGGCAGGAAGCGGGCCAUGA